GCUCUCGUAACCUACAAAUCCUACCAAACAAUAAAAGUACCUUAAUUUAGAAAAGUAAUUCACGGCUAUUAACAAUAAUUUACAGAAUUUUAGUUCUUUUUUUUAAACGGUGUAUUAACACCUUUAGAAUUCAUACGACUGUGCUAUCGUUUACUUUAUUUUAAAAUGUCAACUCGCUGGUAUCCAUUAUAUCAACGCGGGAAUCCACAGCUUAGAGUAUUUUUACCUAAUUUUUGGAUGAAACUUAUAAGGCCAACACCAAAGCAGCUUAAAAAUAUUGUGCAUUUUCAAUGUUCUAUGGAAAUGACCAAAUGUGAUAUAAAAAAUUAUUUAGAAAAGAUAUACAAUAUCCCUGUGAUUGAUGUUAGAACAAAAAUUACUAUGGGUAAAUUUAAAAAGGAGGUAGGAAAAGGGUAUGUGAUAAAGGAUGAUGACAGAAAAAUAGCUUUCGUGACUCUGCCGAAGAAUAUGAGCUUUGAAUUUCCAGAUAUUUUUGAAAAAGUUAAGGAUCAAGAUGAUGAAAAUAUGAAGUCAUUAGAGGAAGCAAAGAAAAGUUUCAAAAGUUUCAUAAAUCGUAAUAAAGAUAGAAAAGAUGUACCAAGUUGGUUUACAAUCUGAAACUAUUUUUACUAGUUACUAACACUACAGAAAGAAUUUAGAUAA